CACCUACAACUAUUUAUAAAAUGACUUAUUUCCUUGCAUACACUUAAUUGUUACACAAACUUCAGCGUUUAGAGGAUGAAGAAACAAAAAUAAGAAGAAUUGCCUUUUUUUAAUAAUUAUAUAAUCUCUCUUUUCUUACACAAUCAUUAGAUCCCCGAGUUGUUGGUGACGAGAGCCGCAACUCAUAACCGCGGCUAAAUUCACCCAACUCCCAUGCAUAACCCUAUACACUUUUCUGGAAUAGAGCGUUACCAAAGUAACACUUGGGAAUCUCAUUGAGCAUAAUACACGGCGGCUUCAUACGUUUCUGUGUGAUUGUGACGGCGAGAGGUUAUCGUCUCGACGUGUGAUAAGCGAAAGGUCUCGGGAGCUGGAUAGACCAUACAACGCUUGUGACACAAACUCCGAUUCGUCCACCUCUCGUCGGGGGGCUUAAUAUCUAAUCGCGGGACUAUAUAUCUCGGGCAAAUCCUCGCUGAAAUUCAUCUGUCCUUCAGAUAAGAGACAGUCUCGCAACCACUCAUCACAAUGGCGCCCUUCCCUUUCCACAUCAAAGAGCACAGCGUCCCGGCGCAACACAUCCGGGAAUUCCCCCAAACGACCUCGCACUCACAGGAAGACGUCCUCUACAUAAGUGUAAAGCAAUACAUCCCAAUCGACAAUCCCAACCCUCAACCAGGCGACAUCACCAUCCUCGGCGCACACGCCAACGGGUUUCCCAAAGAACUCUACGAACCCCUCUGGGCCGACCUGCACGCGCGCGCCCACUCCCCCACCAACCAAAACGGUUUCCGCAUCCGCUCGAUCUGGAUCGCCGAUGUAUCGAACCAAGGCUACUCCGGUGUGUUAAACGAGCACACCCUCGGCAACGACCCCUCAUGGCACGACCACGCGCGGGACCUCUUACACCUAACCAAUGUCUUCCGCACCUCGAUGCCGCGUCCCAUAAUCGGAAUUGGGCAUUCAUUCGGCGGCGCCAUCCUAACCAAACUCUCGCUCCUGCACCCACGGCUCCUCACGACCAUAGUCCUGUUAGAUCCCACCAUAACAACUUUCUCCCUCAAACGCAACGGCCCAGGUAAAUCCGUCGCACGCGCAAGCGCCUUCCGGCGAGAAGUAUGGCCCUCUCGUGCUGUAGCCGAAGAAUCCUUCCGUCGCAGCGCAUUCUACCGGACCUGGGACCCACGAGUCCUCGACGCAUGGGUCAAGCACGCAGUCCGCGAUACACCAACCGCAAUCUACCCCCAAUCCAACCAAGCCACCUUACGAACCACCAAACACCACGAAGUAUUCACAUUCUUCCGUCCCUUAUGGCCGUACGUAUAUGCCGACCCCCAAACCGGUAAUAUCAACGUAGAUAAAGACGGCGCGCCAGAUUUCGACCCGGAGGCGCAGGAGAAACUCACAACGACCAAGAUCGCGGACCCGGAUAAACCGGGCACCGGCACGUUUCCCUUUUACCGGUCCGAGGGUCCUAGUAUUCUUAAGCAACUCCCAGAAGUACGACCUUCGGUUCUGUGGGUAUUCGGCGGUGAAAGCGACCUAGGAUCACCCGCCGAGACGCGGGAUUUCAAGACGAGGAGUUGUGGAUCAGGAGGUGGUGGAUCCGGUGGUCUUGCGGCAGGUCGCGUCGGUGAGGUCGUUAUGGAGGGGCGCGGCCACUUAUUCCCAAUGGAGGUUCCGGAUGAAUGUGCGCGACACGCCGUGACUUGGAUAAAUAAGGAAAUGAAGCGGUGGAGGGAAAAGGAGCGCGAGUACGAGGAAUGGGUUAAACUACCACAACGAGAGAAGACGACGUUGAGCUCUCAAUUCUUGGAUCACGUCGGUCGCCCGCCACCGAGGAAGAUCAUCUCGGGGUCGAAGUUGUAGGAGUACAAAUGCUAAUUAUGCUCAUGCUAGACUAGAUUAUAAACAACUACCGUAUACUUAUACUCGAGACCUUGAAGCUAUGG